AUGUCUAUCAAUAUCGUCAAGGAUCCUUCAGACGCCCGGGUAGACAUCGUUCUUGUCCCUGGUUUGAAAGUAGACCAAAAAGACUGGACAUCCGCUGACAGCUCCAUCUUUUGGCCCGAAAAGCUUCUCGCGACACAGAUUCCCAAGGCACGCAUCUUGGUCUUUGAAUAUGACGAAGAUCCAACCCUGGAUGUAUUUUGGAACAAGCGUGACUUGAUCUCUAGUAACUCGGAUGAUUUAGUGAAUUCGCUGUUGGAUGAGCGACGAGCCGAAAAGGCUGAGCGACCAUUGAUCUUCAUCGCACAUUGUCUUGGGGGAUUGGUCGUCGAAAACCCGCGUAUUAUUCAGGCCCUUAUGAGAGCGAGCAAGAACGAGAAGAAGAGACAGCUUGUCACCUGUGCAGCGGGUCUUGUACUACUUGGAACACCGCACUACCAGCAUGGAACAUUGUCCGAGGCAAAGAAAUAUUUCCAACUGGCUCAGAAAGAUGUCCCGAGUGACGCCGACCUGCAGGCUCUGUCGAAACAUGUUUUGGCAAUUCCAGAAGCAUUCGCUCAAUUCAUCCAAGCAAAUCCCGUCAACGUGGAGAGCUUUUAUGAAGGUUCCCCCGUGAGUAUCAAUAAUGACCAGGGGGAUGAGAUUGAAGUCGUGGAAGAAGCUGUUGCAAAGUUACCGGGAGAUUCUUCUGAUCCUACUAUGCUGAAGGGGAACCACCACCAAAUGAGCCGGUUUGGGAGCGAGAAGGAUAAGGAUUUUAAGAAUGUGUCUAGGGUUCUCGUGGAUUGGGUGGACGAUCUCCCUGAGCCCGAGGAGAAAGACCUGGCCCAGUUAUGGCAGGCAGCGAUACAAGACUACGAAAAGACAACAGGGAAAAGCCUCCUCCUUGCCCGACAAUUCGGAAGCACGGAAGAAGUCAUGGGGGCCACCGAAGAGCUUUCGAACAAGUUCAAGAAUUUUCGCGAUGACAAGAGUAAAGUGUCGAAAGUGCGGACGGCAUUCAAGAAUAAUCUCUGGUUGAUCCAGACCGUUGUCAAUACGAUACAGACCGUUGGAAAUGCGGCUUCGGCGUUCCCGCCCGCCAUGCCGGCAAGUUUGAUAUUCUCAGCCUUUGGACAGGUCAUGCAGUCAUUCGCUGAUGUCUCGGCCGAUUACGACAAAAUCAUGGGCUUCUUCGAGUUCACGCACCGAUUUUGGGACAGACUGUCUAUCAUUGACCAAAAACUGCCGGAUCUACCACAGUUUCAGCGGUGUGUGUCGCGCGUGUUUUCAAGCAUUUUGAAAAUUUGUGCGAUUGCGCAAAAGUAUAGCACAGAAAAACGGAUGAAGAAAUGGUUCGAUAAUUUAUUGAGCGGAUCUGACGGGGAGCUGACUGGGGCUACUACUGUUCUUGAAGAGGCCAUUAAUGAGCUGAGUCAGGCGGUUGGUCUGACUACUCUAAGAACCGUCCAAAUUCUAGAUGAGGUUGUCCAGAGCAUGAACGGGAAUAUCCAAUUCCUUGUGUCAAAUGCAAAUCUCAUCGACGAGCGGACGAGGAGUAUUGAAUCUAACACCAAUACCAUCAUUGAACAGAACCAGGACCUUGCAUUAAAGCAAAACAAUAUGACAAACAUGCAACAGGAAACAUUACAAGAAAUGGCGCAACAAUCUCGAAUGCUCGACAGUAUCGUGGGCUAUUUCGGAUCUAUCCAAAUGAGUCAGAACUUUGGUAGAAAGAGCUUUCAGGACAGCAUAUUGAAGCUGGGCGUUGUCCGGCUGCGACUGACGCGUUGGAGUCAAGCUGUCGGAUUGAAGGAUCUGAAUAAUGUGCAGACUCUCCGGCAUGUGAAGAUUUCCGAUGAAGAUCUUCCCAUGGUAAAGGAGCUUUUGGGCAGGAUUAUGGAGAGUUUCGAUGACGCCGAGAGGACUUCAAGUCGGAUAAAAAAACGUAAUCCCUCUUUGUCGUCUGGUGGUGUGUUAGAUCCUGCUAAGGAAUUAGAUGAAGCAGCCGCAUCGCUUCAUCAGAAAAUGGAUACAAUAGUCAAAACAAGGCAGGGCAAGGAAGAACAAUCAGAAGAUGAGCAGACGGAAUUGAUCCUCUACGAAGACAAGAACUUCACGCGACUAAUUGAGGAUAUCAGCGACUCGGUGAAUGACUUGGUCAAUCUCUUCCCAGCGGUUGAAGAAAUGCAGCAAAAGCUUUGCGACGAAGAAGUUUCCGAGAUGAACAAGGCCGAAAACGCUCUGUCGCUGCUGAAAGAGGCCGCUGACGGCCAGGAUAAUAUGCUUAGCAAGACUGUGAUAAAGGUUAUCGAAUCUACCACGACUUACAACAACAGCGUUGUCUUUCAGGGAACUAAUUCUGGAGACUUCUUCUCCAUCGGCCGCAACAUAAUCGCCCAUCUCUACAACCACUAUCCCAAUCUAGCCGCCGAAUGCGAACGCAUCAACUACUCCGGCCUAAUCGCCUACCACAAACUCAACGGCGAACGCAUCUCAGGCCCCGAGGCUGUUCCCAUUGGGAAACCAACUAUGACCCUCAACGACGGAUCAGAAAAAUUCAUUCCGUUCAACAGGCACCAUCGCCCCAAGUUCGUUGCCGCUCUUCUAGCGCAGGUCCGGAAUCUGGGUAUAGAGGUUAUUUUUGGUGCGAAAGUAGUGGAUUAUUUCGAGGAUCUCGAUCGACAAAAAGCGGGCGUUGUGCUUGAAAGUGGCGCGAAGAUGGAGGCUGACGUGGUUGUUGCGGCGGAUGGUAUUGGCACAAAGAGCAAUAAACUCGUUAAUCCAGGGGAGGAUGACAAGGCUUACUCUAGCGGAAUGUCGAUUUUCAGAACUUCGUUUCCGGUGGAGUUGGCUUUGGCUGAUCCGGAGGUGAGAGAUCGAUGGCCGCUGUUGGAUGGGGAUGUGCCUUGUCUUGAGAUUUGGGGAGGUGACAACAUGUCCUUCUUUGUACAGCGGUACUCGGACAUCAUGUGUUGGCUAAUGACUCACAAGAGCACUGGCAAAGGCCUUGAAUCGUGGUCCCAGCCCAUCCCCCUCUCGACUGUACUAAACCUCACCUCCACCAUCCCCAACUUCCCGGACGUCGCCAACCGUCUAAUCCAAAGCACCCCUGUCGACGGCAUAAUCGACUGGGAGAUCAUGUGGCGCGAUCCACGCUCAAACUGGGUUUCUCCCGGUGGCGGGAGGGUUGUGCAGGUAGGCGAUAGCGCGCAUACGUUUCUACCAUCGUCCGGUAGCGGCGCGACACAGGCCAUGGAGGACGCGAUUUCGCUCGCGACUUGUCUCCAGAUUGGAGGGAAAGGGAAUGUUUCGAUUGCGACGAGGGUACAUAAUAAACUUCGAUUCGAGCGCGUUUCAUGUGUGCAACUAAGCGGAUUCAUGAACCAUCAAAAACAGAGCAAUCCAGUCUAUUCAGCUGAUAGCGAGGAUGAAGAGUCAUUCAAAAUCAGCCUGGGCGACUGGAUGGUCAUGUAUGAUUCUGAAAAGUAUACAUAUGCGCACUAUGGGGAGGUGCUCAAUCAUCUUAUUUCUGGGGCGCCGUUCGAAGCCACAAAUAUUCCACGGGGAUAUACAUACAAGCCAUGGACGAUCAAGGAACUGUUGGGCAAAAUUAAUAGGGGUGAGAAGAUACAUUUUGAAGGAGAUUGGUCGUGA